CCUCGUCAUCUCGCAAGAGAAUCUCAGCAAAAGAUGAGGGUACCGACAGUCGCCGCCUUGAUUGGCAGCCUCGUCUUUACGCUCGGGGCUGUAGCAUCAUCGCGGCCGUCCUCUUCAAACGACUGGCAGGUGGCCAAUCUGGUCAGGACGGUUGAAUUGGGAGGCUCGGUGCAUACUCAGAUGGACGUCCACACGAUUCGACGGCCAGCCGGUGCGCCGGAGCCUGCCGAAUCAGAUCCCCCCACUACUUACUUUUUCGCAUUGUCCCAACGGGAUGCUUCGAUCCUGAGUGCCAUCGAGUGCACGGCCAAGUUUGGCGCCGGCGUCAAACCCAGUCAGCGGGCUGUCCUGCCCGUUCAAGACGAAGGCGCCUGGGACGAAUUUCUGGAGUCUUACCUCUCCAGCAGUAACGUAUCAGCAGCAACGCGACCUCAUCUCUUCUCGGUCAAGGUACCCGCGAAUUUCCAAAGGCGGGCAAGAGAGGACAUCACGGAGAUCCCCGACGUGACCCUGACAAUAACCUCGACGCUGCUUCCCUCGCCAGAACCACUCCCUCGGACUGUAGGCCAGAAGGAGUCGCAGUACCUCGUCUGGACAGGCGACACUGAGCCUUUGAGUGUCUACCCGGUGGACAAGGCUAGGACCAAAGUAAAAGCGCCACACCCCAAAAUUGUGUCGUACGAAACGACGCCGCCGCUGCCGUCAGACUUGGUGACAAAGUCUGGCGCCAUCGUCACGUUUGGUCCUUAUGAGAGACUUUCUGCGCUGAACCCGAGCAAGCCGGUAAAGGUGGCACAGGCAAAAGUUCACUACGGCCUCGAUGCGCCUGUCGUCUCUGUCAUCCAGGCUCUGCGAAAGGUCCAAGUGUCGCACUGGCGCAACAGGCUCAGCUUCGAGGACAAGCUGUGGCUCAAGAACGCCGGCGCUAUGCUCAAGGGGCACUUCUCGCGCAUCGAGCACCAAAUGUCUAACUUCAUGAAGGUCGACACCUCCCACGUCCUCACCCACCUCGUCAUGCACCUUCCUCCCGGUGCCGACGACGCCUGGUUUGUGGAUGAUUCGGGCAACGUGAGCACGAGCCAUUUUCGAACCUCGUCGCCAUCGCCAAAGGACAUCGGUACGCCUCCUCACCUCCUGCCCACCAGCCGCGCAUCGAUGCUCGAUGUUCGGCCGCGCUACCCGCUGCUGGGCGGAUGGAACUACUCGUUCAGCAUUGGUUGGGGCGUCCACCUUGCUGACGGCUGGGGGCAGAGCAUGGGCGCAAGUCGCUACCAGGUCAAGAUCCCCUUUGUCACGCCACUGCCCGAUAUUGCGAUUCAAGAGGCCACAGCUCGAAUCGUGCUGCCCGAGGGCGCCAGCGACAUCGAGAUCCAGGCGCCGUUCAACAUCGAUGCGCAAAGCCAGGAGCGCGACUGGAGCUUCCUUGACACGGUUGGCAGUCCCGUCGUCGUUCUCACGAAGUUCAAAUGCAGUGACCGACACGGCGGCCUCGUCUCGAUCACCUACACGCUCUCGGCCUUGGAUCACUGGAGAAAGGUCAUCGUGGGCACCGUCUUGCUCAUUGCAGGCAUCGUCACAACGAGCCUGCUGAGCAAAAUUGAUCUGAGAAUCAAGUAGAGGUGGUGAUAUAUUGUGUAACCUGCAGGGGAAUGACGAUAGCCCUGUCUUAAUGUCUGCUUGCCUUUCCGCCGUAAUCUCUCUUUUGUGCAC